GCUUGGGCCUUGGCGGCCUGUCCUCCCCCUCCGCCGGGUCCCUCACUCACUCCCUCACUCGCCGCCUGCCUCUCCUCGGAGUGCCGCCAUUUCCCCUCGCUCCGUGCCACUCGCAGCCAUGGCAGGCUCCAUAGAAGCGUUAUGUAUCGGACCUGAUGCACCAUUGUGAAGGCCUACGGAGCUCUCUUGGCUUUCGGGCUGCCGCCGUUUUCAUUGGAGAUUCAUCUCCUGCAGCAAUAACUGGGAGAACAGCUGGAUUUCCUCAGCAUUCUGAAAACAAUGGGGAUCGGCAAGAACACCACGUCUAAAUCUGUAGAAACUGGAAGUCCCACGGAAGGCAAAUACGAGGAGGAAUCCAAGCAUCCCACUUUCUUUACGUUACCGGUUGUAAUCAAUGGCGGCGCAACCUCGACUGGCGACCAAGACACAGAGGACACGGAGCUGAUGGCGAUCUACACGACGGAAAAUGGCAUCGCAGAGAAGAGUUCUCUGGCCGAGACGCUCGACAGCAGCGGGAGCUCCGAAGCACAAAGGAGCGACAUGAUCUACACCAUCGAAGACGUUCCUCCCUGGUAUCUCUGCAUAUUCUUGGGGUUGCAGCACUACUUGACCUGCUUCAGCGGCACCAUCGCGGUGCCCUUUCUGCUUGCGGAUGCCAUGUGUGUUGGGACUGACCAAUGGGCCACCAGCCAGUUGAUUGGGACCAUCUUCUUCUGCGUUGGAAUCACAACUUUGCUACAAACGACUUUCGGGUGCAGGUUACCCUUGUUUCAGGCCAGCGCCUUUGCUUUCUUGGCUCCGGCCAAAGCCAUCCUCGCCCUGGACAAAUGGAAGUGCAAUAAUACAGCCAUAACGAUGACGAACGGAACGACAGAGCUGCUGCACACUGAGCACAUCUGGUACCCCCGGAUACGAGAGAUCCAAGGCGCCAUCAUCAUGUCCUCCUUGAUCGAAGUGGUGAUUGGCUUCCUGGGCCUGCCGGGCGCCUUGCUGCGCUACAUCGGGCCGCUAACCAUCACGCCGACCGUGGCGCUCAUUGGCCUCUCUGGCUUCCAGGCAGCUGGGGAGAGAGCGGGGAAGCACUGGGGCAUCGCCAUGCUAACGAUUUUCCUGGUGCUGCUAUUUUCUCAAUAUGCCCGGAAUGUCAAGCUCCCGUUGCCCAUCUACAAGUCCAAGAAAGGAUGGACAGCCUACCGGUUGCAGCUCUUCAAAAUGUUCCCUAUUAUCCUGGCCAUCCUGGUCUCGUGGCUGCUGUGCUUCAUCUUCACGGUGACCAAUGUCUUCCCGCCCGACAAUACCAAGUACGGUUUCUAUGCGCGCACCGACGCUCGGCAAGGCGUGCUCUUGGUGGCGCCCUGGUUCAAAGUCCCUUAUCCAUUUCAGUGGGGUUUGCCCACCGUCUCUGCAGCUGGCGUCAUUGGGAUGCUGAGCGCGGUGGUUGCGAGCAUCAUUGAGUCCAUUGGUGAUUAUUACGCCUGCGCCAGGUUGUCGUGUGCACCACCGCCCCCCAUCCACGCCAUAAACAGAGGCAUUUUCAUAGAAGGCCUUUCUUGCGUCUUGGAUGGAGUGUUUGGCACCGGGAACGGAUCCACCUCUUCGAGUCCGAACAUUGGCGUUUUGGGAAUUACAAAGGUUGGAAGUCGGCGGGUGAUUCAAUACGGUGCGGCGCUCAUGCUGUUGCUUGGCAUGGUGGGCAAGUUCAGUGCGCUCUUCGCUUCCCUCCCUGACCCGGUGCUUGGAGCAUUGUUUUGCACACUCUUUGGGAUGAUUACCGCGGUUGGACUUUCGAACCUGCAGUUCAUCGACCUGAAUUCUUCCCGCAACCUUUUUGUGCUGGGCUUUUCCAUUUUCUUUGGUUUGGUCCUUCCCAGUUACCUCCGGCAGAACCCACUCGUGACAGGGAUCGUCAGCAUUGACCAGGUGCUCAAUGUCCUGCUGACGACAGCCAUGUUUGUCGGGGGCUGCGUGGCCUUCGUCUUGGACAACACGAUCCCAGGGAGCCCCGAAGAGCGCGGCAUCCGGAAGUGGAAGAGAGGGGUGGGCAAAGGCAGCAAGGCAGCAGACGGGGCAGAGACCUACGACCUGCCCUUUGGCAUGGAGACUGUGCGCCGGUACCGCUGCUUCGCCUUCCUGCCCAUCAGCCCCACCUUUGUGGGCUAUUCCUGGAAAGGUUUCCGGAGAGGCAGGCGCAGCCCUGACGACAACGACUCGGAGGCCACCGUAUAGCCCCGGCCAACUUCCGCACGACUCCCUUUUGUACACCUGCCUUUUUAUUCCAGAACCAGAGCCAAGGCGUGUUAUAUAUAUGGUUAUUUAAAAAAUAGAUAGAUAGAUAGAUAGAUAGAUAGAUAGAUAGAUAGAUAGAUAGAUAGAUAGAUAGCUUUCUUUCCUAUUGUGGACGGUGAUUGCUAUCUAUAAGGUCUCUCUUUUAGUUUCUUCGGGGGGUAUUAUUAUUAUUAUUAUUAUUAUUACACAACAGAGUUCUUUCUCCUGAUCUUAUUCCAUCAACAAUGGAAAUUGAGAUCUUAGUGGUUGGCUACAUUCGGACUGGCCGGAGCUUCCAGCUGAUACAUUCCAGGUUUUGUUUACUUGUUUGUUAACACUAAUUCAUCAUGACCUUCCUUCCGCUUGUUUAUACGGUUCCGGCAUAGUAUAACGCUCUCAUACGGGAGCGUUUGGCCAAACAUGGAACUCAUGGCGAGGUUUGCCUUUGCUCGUGUAGUGAAGCAUUUCUAUUGAGCAAGGGGCCUAAAACUAAGCCGCCCAUUGUCUUGUCAUCCUUUGCAGAGCUGGCCUUUAUGUAUAUAUAACACAGUAUUUAUUAAGCGCCAGGUGGGUUGUUUAAACCAAACGGCCUCUGCAUUUGUGCCGGUCUUGUUUCCAGACCCAAAAGCGGCCUCGGCGUGGCCGGCCGUUGCCUUCUUUGUUCUCUUCCUUGUCUUUUUGUUGAUUCCUGAGCCGGGCGCAGAACAAGAGAGAGACCCUAUAGAUGGCAUCCCCUUCCGCUUGCUGGUUGUAACGGGUAUCGGGGGGCUCCCCGCCAAAAAGGGGGUCCCUCUUUUCCUUGAUUUCCUGUCCAAGCCUUGGCUCUGGCGUCAGCACGGAACUCUUCCUUCUCCUCGUCGCAUCCGUAACAAUGAUAACACUCUAUUCAGUGUUCUGACUAUUAGUAUUUCUCCCCCUCUUUCCCCCCUUUCUCCUCCUCCCUUCAGUAUGGUCCAAAAUGCCUUUUCCCCCUUCACUUGCAGAAAGGUGUCUCCGAGGGCAAGUGUUCUCUCUCAGCCAGCCAGCCAAACUUGGUCUCUCUCCAGCCCCAUUUCUCUCCCCCGGCCUCGAGGGACUCGGGAUGGCUCACAACACAAAAGACAAACAUCCAAUUGCCAUAAAAACACAACAGUAAAUUAGACAAAUACAGACAAGUGAUACGGAAUAUUCGACACUAGGACAGAAGCAAUAAUAGCAAAUUAUCAAAGGCUGGCAUUGUGUUUGGCAUUGUGUCUGAGAGCAGAUUUGGAGAAAUGGCUGCCUUCUCAAGCCUGGCUACUCAAAGGAAGCACCAAGCACAGCCCUGAGGUUAUUAGGAAGGAGAAGGGUGCUGGAUCUGUACUGAAUGAUGCAGAAGUUGGGUGAAUGUGAGUGCUUUUCGGUGGUGGUUUCACUUUAUGAUCAUUCUCAUGGGCUGGUUUCAAAAAAGGUUUGUGUCAGAGUCGAUACUCGGUUAUUUAAGGAUGUGAAAUGCCUUUGCUUUGAUACAUAAACAGAGAGGGUAGUGCUUGAGGAGUAAUAGCCCUUUCUUUGGAGGUCAAUCCCAUUGAACUGAGCCAGGUAGAGGCUUGUACUGUUGGAGUGUCCUUUUGGGGCAACUUAUUUAUUUAUUUAUUUACUUACUUCAUUUAUAUACCGCUUUUCUCAGCCCUCAGGUGACUCAAAGCGGUUAACAACAGCAAACUUCAAUGCAAAAACAUCACAAAACGAAUUUGAGACAGUUAAAAACAGUAGCAUCAUCAACGAUUAAACAUCAAUAUAACAAUCAUUAGCGUCUCAUCAGUAAAAUCAGAAUCUAAUCUCAUCAUCCAUUAUUCCGUAUUCCUGUAUUCAAUUACACUGCUUAAUCGAAUGCUUGUUCGAACAGCCAGGUCUUCACUUUCCUCCGAAACGCCAACGGGGAGGGGGCCAAUCUGAUAUCUGUAGGAAGGGCGUUCCACAGCCGAGGGGCCACCACUGAGAAGUCCCUGUCUCUCGUCCCCGCCAGGCGCGCCUGUGAUGCAGGAGGGACCGAGAGCAGGGCCUCCCCAGAUGACCUUAAUGUCCUAGUUGGUUCAUAGGAGGCCUCCUGAACACAGUGGGGCUUCCUUCUGAAUGAGCCUGCACAGCAGGCGUAUGGGCAAACUUGGGCCCUCUCUCCCUCCGUCCCUCCAGCUGAUUUGGACAACAAUUCCCACCAUUCCGUUGGGGAGAUGGUGGCGGGGUAUAACUAAAGUUAUUAUUAUUAUUAUUAUUAUUAUUAUUAUUAUUAUUAUUAUUUAUAGCUGUCUCAAUCCAAAUGUUGAAGUUGACAUCCUUUCCCUUUUUAUAGUGUCUUAGACAAGGGAGUCGGCCAUGUUGUAUACAAAUCAGCAUUACAGAAGAAAAUCAAACACGUCUUAAGCAGACUUUUGAUCUGUUUCUAGCUUUCCCCAGUUACAACUUAUGCUGCAUAUACCUCUGCUACACACCUUUUACCUACUUAGACAUGUUUUGUUUCUUUGUGGUCACUGCUAUUUUUUUGCCCCAGCUCACCCUUACCUUGUGCCCCCUCCACCAGGACCAACCAACUCAUUGUGUUUCCCAAGUCCAAAACUUCACUGCUUCUGUGGCCGGCUUGUGCCCCUUUCCCUCAUUAAAAAUAUAGUCAAUACAUUUUCCCAUAUAUAUAUUCCAAAAAUCCAUUUGUUUCCCUAUUCCCUUUUUAAUUUUAAUUUUGACAAUCAGCUUGUCAUUCACGGCUAUGUCCAAAAUUUCCCUCUCUCAUUCUUCUCAUUGAAUUUCCCUUCUUUCUUUCCAGCCAAUAUUUUGCUAUUCACACUGUCUCUGCUGUGAGCAAAUCAGAGGCCAAAUCCUUCUCCUUUUGUGAAGGAAUGGUAGGAUCAUAUAUGAUUAGUAAUGCCGAUUUUGGUGUACUCCCUACCUCAAUUUUAAUGAUUGCUCUUAUUUCUUUGAAUGCUCUUUCCCAAAACUUUUGGCUUGACAGAACCACCACAUAUCUGAGGAUGCUUGCCAUAGAUAUAGGCGAAACGUCAGGAGAGAAUGCCUCUAGACCAUGGCCAUAUAGCCCGAAAAAACCUACCACAACCCAGUGAUUCCGGCCAUGAAAGCCUUCGACAAUACAUUACCACCACAUAUGUCGAUCUGGGCCUGUUUCCUGGCAGCCUCUCUAGCAUUGAUUCAGAUAUAUUUUUUUAUCCAUCUGAUUUUAUCUAAUGGGGUCAGGCGCCACCCCCGUAUCGUUUUGUAAUAGUUUUCCUUAAUUCUUAUGGGCAUAUUUUGUAGUAAUCGUACACUUGGUAUCCUUGCCAUUCCUGAUUUCUAAAUCUGCUUCCCAUAGGUGGACUUGACCCUGUUCGUCCAUUAGUCAUAGUUUAUAGAUAUUGCUCAUGGUGCCUUUUAAGGUUACAUUUUCGUCUUGAACCUCCCUUUGCAUUCUCAUUUCUUCCUUUUUCGUAGAUUCCCUCCCCCAUUAAUACAGUUUCCUUCCAUCACUUGACCAUUCCCACCAUUAUAAAUACUUAGACCACCGCAAGUCUCUUCUUAUUCAUCCAUCUUUUAUCCUUCCCAUAUUUUCCACCUUCCAGUCCCAGUUGCUUACUUUCCUCUUGCCUCUUCCUUUAAAUUCUGCUUCAAGUUCUUUUUUAAAAUUUGCUGGGACGUUUUCUGUCCUUGGAACUGGCAUGAGAGGAAUGGUAGGAGUGGCAGUCCAAAACUUACCCAAGUUGAUCCAGGCCUACUUAUAAGGAUAGGGCUUCAUACCAUGUUCCCAUCCCGUGUUCUAUGCGCAACCAAAGAAAGGGCAGCUGCAAUGGUACGCAAUGCCAAAGUCCACUCAUUCUGCAAAAUUGUAGAGACACAAGAGUUGUGUGUCUGUCCAUGUCAUGAAAAGAUUUUAAUAUGGAUUAGGUUUCUCGUCAUGGUCAUCCUAUUUGCUAAAGUGCCAAUCGCAUGCCAAGGCAGGCAUGAAACAUGAACACGAUGUCUUCAUCUUUAACGUGUUGCCUGUUUCUGGCCAUGUUGCCUAUGAGGUCCGUGGGUCUUUUGGACCUUCGCAGGUGCGUUUGUGAGCAUAGAAAACUCCAGCAGAAAUCCUAUACUCGGUUAUUUGUUUGGAAAUGAAAUCACAAACAUUUCUAGGUUAACCCAUAACCAUUUGCAGACGAAUUAGUGAGCAUACAAAACCUCAGAUGUCUCGCAGAGAUUGCACACUCAGUUAUUUGUUUUGAAAAUGACAUCCUAAACCAUUAGCUCAAUGUUGACUCAUUUGUAGAAGUGUUCCUUCCAGGACACACUCUUAUUUUAUUGCACAGGUUUUCUUCCUAAUGUAUUGUGGUGAUUUUGAUGAUGAUGGAGCAUUGGUCCAUGCAUCACGUAGAAGCAAGGAAGGACAGUGUUCCUUCGAUGCGCUCCUCUAAGUCUCACUUCUGCUGCAAUGUGGGCUCAGUAAAGAGUUUUGUGUUUGGGAUGGUUAAAUGGUUUCCUCUGAUUCCUGCUAAUUUGGAAGGUUUUCUCUUGUGUUUGUCAUGUCAAACCAAUGACAGGGAACUCAAAGCUGUUGCGCAAAGCCUUUGCAGUGUUUACUAAACACAGUCUGCUUUCCCAGAUGGUUCUGGUAAGGAAAAUACUAUCGACAAUGCCUUUCCAAGGCCUUGGGUUUUUGACAUAGCAUUCUCUAUCCUUUGGGAAAGGUUUUGGUUGGGAGACUUGAGAACAUCGGGAACUUUUAAAGUCUUUUCUGCUGGGAAUGAAUGUUAUUGCAGUGUAAAAAUAUAAUGAAAGGCGCUUCUCGGUCUGGAGAGGUGCUUCCUUUUGCUUCGUUGCUAAGAUUGUAAACUCUGCGUCCAUCAGCAAAAGGAGGAUUUGGUUGCAAAGAGAAAGGCAAAGAAAGGGACGAAAACAGCUCUUGUGCAGCUUGCAUUCCUUGCGAGGCAUUGAAUUGAGCCUGGAUCUAUGCGUCAGAAGGGACUGAGACUGUUUCUUACCCAAAAUGCCUUAAAACCAGGCUUUGACUUUGUUAUUUGUGAAAGAGAUGUCAUUGCAAACCUGCUUGUCUUAUUUUGAGAAAGAUGGAGGCCUCUUUGCAUGGAGUGCAUGAACAUCCGCUGCUGAUGGAAGGCUUUGGAAUUGCUUUUGCAUUGGAAAACAGUAUAUUUUGGAAGAGUAGAGAGCCAAAAGGUUGUAUUCAGUGUAUUUAUUUCGAGACAUUGAACAGGUGGAUUGGUUUGUUGGAAGGCACUUCAGGCGUCAGAAUGGCUCAAAUUUGUGAAGAUUUACCCUGGAUGCCAUUCGGAUCCUGUUCAUAUUAUCAAAGGUGAAAGGUGGAGAUCUGAUACUUGAACAUCAGUGGCUGGAGGAGAAUUCGGAAAUGCUUUUGCAUUGAAAAACUGGAUAUUUUGGAGGAAUAAAGGUGAAUCUUUUGUGCUCUUUUUUUUGUGAGAAGGCCUGAAAUAGGUGAAACUUGCUUUUCUGCCGUGAUGAUGACAUAGAGAGCAAAUGUGAGGUGGCGAUGUGCCAAAGGGUGCCUUUCCUUGUAGCUAUGGCUUUCCAUCACUUAAAUUAAAUUUAAAUCAAAGCAAUGUGGUCUGGAGAGAACGCCCAGGCGGGGGAAAACGCAUUCACCAUUUUCAAUGACAAACAGUAGAAAAAUGUGUGAGGGACACAUCCCUCUCUUCCCCCGUCAACGAUAGAUCCGUGCGUAUCGUCUAGACAAAAGUAUUUGGAGCACUUUUGUAUUCAAAACUGAAAACGAUGCUGACUUUUUUUUUACUAUUACAUAUUAUUAUUCGGUUAACUUAAGUCCUUUGGCAAAGGUGUUUGAAUGUGUCUUAUAUGAAAAAAGAUGCCUCUUGAAUUUAUAUUUAAUUGUUAACUUUUAUCUGAGAUUGGUAAACAAACAAACAAACAAUGCCAGAACCUGUUCUUAUUCAAUCAGAAUUUACAGCAGUCGGGUUUGUUUUACACCAUUUAAUAUAAACUUUCAAAUACGGUGACUUUGUAUAUUGGGAUCUUGCAGUAUUUUAUUUCCAUAGAUUUUAGGGGGGGAAACGAGAAAAUGUAAUUAAUUAUAAUAAUGAUGAUGAUUAUGAUGAUGAUGAUGAUGAUAACCUUUCUGACCACACCCAACCAAGUGACAUUUCUUCCCAGGAGGAUAAAUAUUGCGAGGUUUCCUGGGCGGGAGUGCGAUAUGAUUGUCAUGACAAUGUCAUGGGAUAGAAUUUCUUCAUUCACGAAUUGCUAGCGAUUGUGUAUACUUUAUUUCACCCAGGCUUCCGUUCCUCAGGGAGUCCGUCGGGAGUCAGCAUUAUGAUGACCAUUUAUCCAUUUAAGGCAAAAGAAGGUGGCAGUCGGCUCGGAUUUGGUCCGUUUCCUCCGGUUUUUUGGUGCCCUGGACCUGGAUGUUAGGGCAGCAUCUCUAUCUAUAUGAUCCAAGGAAAAUAGUUCUCUGCGCAAAACUUGACAAAUGUCCUGUUCCUGGUUUGAAAGUGUUAUUUCCUGUUUCAUUGUGCGGUCCUUCCUUUGAAAGGAGUCAUUCUGCUCCAGAAACUCUGUUCUUGUGGCAAAAAAUAUGUCAAAUGGGUUGAGACUCAGUGAGAUCGAUAAUAAUAGUUUAUUGUCAAAGGCUUUCAUGGUCGGAAUCACUGGGUUGUUGUAGGUUUUUUCGGGCUAUAUGGCCAUGUUCUAGAGCAGGGGUCCUCAAACUAAGGCCCGGGGGCCAGAUAGGGCCCUCUGAGGGCAUUUACCCGGCCCUCACUCAGGGUCAACCAAAGUCUGAAACGACUUGAAGGCACACAACAACAACAAUCCUAUCUCAUCAGCCAAAAGCAGGCCCACACAUCCCAUUGAAAUUUGAAUAAGUUUAUAUUUGUUAAAAUUGUUCAUAAUUUUAAUUAUUGUAUUGUUUUUAAGUGUUUUGCACUACAAAUAAGAUAUGUGCAGUGUGCACAGGAAUUCGUUCAUGUUUUUUUUCAAAUGAUAAUCUGGACCUCCAACAGUUUGAGGGACUGUGACCUGGACCUCUGUUUAAAUAGUUUGAGGACCCGUGUUCUAGAGGCAUUUUCUCUUAACGUUUCGCCUGCAUCUAUGGCAAGCAUAAUCAGAGGUAGUGAGGUCUGUUGGAACCAUGAAAAUGAACAAAAUCUGGCUACCAGUAUUAAAAAACUCUAAAAUUACAACAGCAAAACAACAGAAAGUAAACAAUCAGGGACAUCUAAUCACAUCUCAACAAAAGAUUGCCCCAGGCACUGCCAGGCCAUCAAAUGCUAAUCAAGGUGGUCAGUUGAAACAUUCACACCUAGCUCCAACAGACAAGAGUCCUUUGUCCCACCCUGGUCAUUCCACAGAUUUAUAAACCCAUUUUCCUAGCUCCAUCAGACCUCAAUACCUCUGAGGAUGCUUGCCAUAGAUGCAGGUGAAACGUCAGGAGAAAAUGCCUCUAGAACAUGGCCAUAUAGCCGAAAAAACCUACAACAACCCAAUAAUAAUAAUAAUAAUAAUAAUAAUAAUAAUAAUAAUAAUAAUGCCUUGUGUUGUCAAGGCUUUCAUGGCCAGACCUCACGGCCUCUGAGGAUGCCUUUAGACAUAGAUGUGGCUGAAAUGUCAGGAGAGAAUGCCUCUAGAACAUGGCCAUAUAGCCCGAAAAAAACCUACAACAACCCAAUAAUAAUAAUAAUAAGUAAUAAUAGUAAUAAUAAAGCCUUGUGUUGUCAAGGCUUUCAUGGUCAGAUCUCACAGCCUCUGAGGGUGCCUUUAGACAUAGAUGUGGCCGAAAUGUUAGGAGAGAAUGCUUCUAGAACGUGGCCAGGCAGCCCAGAAAACUCACCGCAGCCUGAUCAUAAAAUGUUAUUUAUAUCCCGCCCUAUCUCCUCAAGGGGACUUGGGGUGGUUCACACUAAAUAUUGGCAAACAUUCAAUGCCAUGAAAACUAGACCAAGGCGAGAUAAUACACCCCACCCUAAACCCCCCCCCCCUCCAAAAACCCACCUCUAUCUACAUGAAAAGUAGUCACAGAUAAACAAGAAUUAAUUAAUAAUAUCACAAAUAUACGAUUCCGCAGCUUACAUUGGGAAGAAACAGCCAGGAUCGAAACCAGGCAUGGGCCAACUUCAGCUUUCCAGGUGUUUUGGACUUCAACUCCUACUGGCUGUUAGGAAUUGUGGAAGUUGAAGUCCAAAACACCUGGAAGGCCGAAGUUGGCCCAUGCCUGAUCUAAACAAAGCAAAAUCUAUUGGAUAACUAUUGCAAAAUGUACUAUUACAGGAUGAUGUCUGUCCCGCACAAACAAAAUUUUUGCAGUUUGAUAAACUUUCCCUGUGUAUUGAUGGCAGCACCAAUUAGGAAAUGGCAUUGAUAACCCAGGAACGGAAAUUCUAGCAUGACAAGGUAUAACAAUCUGCAGGAAGGAGGCUUUUUCCUAUGCGCUCCAUAGCAUUGGGUUGCCCUUCAUUAAGGCCUGGGAAUCCCAUUUCCUACAACAUCCCAGACAUUCCCGCCUGGCUAGGAUCUUAAAUUGUGGCUGUUCGUUCUUGUUACCUGCGCAUAUAAUGACCUCCCAUUGCAGAGAACUAUACUGCCUUCCGCCUCUUUCCGAGUGAACCAUCUCGCCUCCGAUCCAAAGUUGUCGUGCAUUUUUCUAACCAUUUUAGAUGUAACAAAACUCUCUUGACGAGGUUGCAUUUCUCUUUUUUUUCUAAUAAAUAAAUAUAUUUUAUUUUCUUAUCAUUUCUGUGAAUGGCUUUAGCAUCAAAGUGUCAAGCCAUUCUAUAGAACCAAGUUUCAGGUUGGUUUAUAUAUAUAUAUAUUCUUGUUUUCUUUCUUUCUUCCUUUGAGAUGUGUAAUUCUUUGACUGAGAUUUUUUUAUGGAUUUCUUUGUGUGUGGAUUUUUUUUCUAACGGUGAAAUAUUUAAGAAAAAAAUAUGUAAUAUUUGGACCAGAUGUUGUGAAUAAUAAGAAUAAUAGUAGAUUUUGAAAAAAAACUAUUUUAUUCUGUAUUUUUAAAAAAGCUGUUCAGUAUAAAUAAAAGGUGACCUAGAUGCAA